GGUGCCUUUUCUAUUCCACCUUAUGAAACUUUUUCCUCGGCGUGGUCUCACCCGCGAUUUAAGGCAUAGGUGUCGCCAAGCCGGGAGGCUGGGAGUCGCGGGCGUGCGGGGCAGAGGCCCGGGCCGCGCCGCGGCGGGGGGCGGAGGGAGAGGGCAGGUUAGGCGGGAAGGUGGGCUGCGGCCGCCGGGAGCCGGGGACCGAGCCGCCGCCGCCGCCCCUAGCGGAGAGCAGCAAGGAGGAGGGGGCCGCAGCCUGGGGAGGGGGGCCCCAUCAUGCCCAAAGUCUUCCUGGUGAAGAGGAGGACCCCGGGGGUCUCCGUCCGCAGCUGGGAUGAGCUCCCGGAUGAGAAAAGGGCAGACACCUACAUCCCAGUGGGCCUCGGCCGCCUGCUGCACGACCCCCCAGAGGACUGCCGCAGCGACGGGGGCAGCAGUAGCGCGGGGGAGCCUGGAAGCGCCGAGAGCAGCGUGUCCCCGCGCGCCCCGGAGCACGGAACCCCGGAGCCCGGUGACGCCGAGGGCUCGGGUGGACACCUGGAGGCGAUACAGCGACCCGUUGCCAGGUCGAAAAUCAAGUUCACCACAGGCACAUGCAGCGAUGCGGCGGUUCACAGCUGUGAUCUGUGCGGCAAGGGCUUCCGCCUGCAGCGCAUGCUCAACCGGCACCUCAAGUGUCACAACCAGGUGAAGAGGCACCUAUGCACCUUCUGUGGUAAGGGCUUCAAUGACACCUUUGACCUCAAGAGGCACGUCCGCACACAUACAGGCAUCCGCCCCUACAAAUGUGACAUCUGCAGCAAAGCCUUCACCCAGCGCUGCUCCCUGGAGUCCCACCUGAAGAAGAUCCACGGCGUACAGCAGCAGUAUGCAUAUAAGCAGCGCCGGGACAAGCUCUAUGUCUGUGAGGAUUGUGGCUACACGGGCCCCACCCAGGAGGACCUGUAUCUGCACGUGGACAGUGCCCACCCAGGCAGUGCGUUUCUCAAAAAGACAUCCAAAAAGCUUGCGGCUCUUUUGCAGAAUAAGCUGACGUCCACACUCCCAGGGAAUACCAGCCUGAGCGAGGAGGAGGAGAAGUGAGGGGGCUGGGGAGAUGCCAGUAGGGCCACGUUUACACCGAGCUUUGGUUUUGAAGGUCCCCCCCUCAGCUUUCUGAUUGCAAGUGUUUGGUUCAUCUCUGUCCUUUUGGGGCCUCAGCAGGGGGAUCUGCUGCAAGGCUCUCAGGCCCCUUGAAACUCAUGUCCUGUUGAACACAGUUAACAGUAAUGAGAGUCUGCGGAUGGCCGUGAUCACCAUGCAGGACUUGUUUCUUUGGGUUUUUUUUGGAUUUUCACAUGUGGAGGCAGAGGUGUUCUUAGACCAUCAUUUUAGGUGCCUUGAAAUAAAAGUACUCCCACUUGAAAUGCUACUCAAGCAAGGAAAAUGAAUUUUACUGUUCUGAGAGUUUAUAGGAAUUAUUUUAAUAAACAAAAUGUUCUUGUGAAACUAUAUAAAAACAAAACAGGAGA